AUGGCAAACGAUAUGGAAAAGUUGAUUUUCAUGAAUCAAAUACAAGAUAUAUUUACUAAACAUGCGGUUUCAGUUAAAUUUGAUUUGGCCAAUUGUGGUGGUUGUGCUGGAAAAAGUUCAGUGUUGGAAAAUUUUGUUGGAAAAGAUUUUCUUCCAAAAGGUACUGGCAUUGUAACACGCAGGCCACUUAUUUUACAAUUAAUCACCAAUAAAUACAGUGUUGAAGAAUAUGCCGAGUUUGAACACACUAAAACUAAAAAAUUUAGAUUCAAUGAAGUUUGUAAAGAGAUUGAGGACGAAACAGACAGAUCAACAGUUGGAGAUAAAGGAAUAAGUCCUAAACCAAUAGUUUUGAAAAUUUAUUCACCAACUGUUUUGAAUUUGACAUUGGUUGAUUUGCCUGGAUUGACAAAAGUACCAGUUCAGGGACAACCUCUUGAUAUUGCUGUUCAAAUAAGAAAAAUGGUCCUUGAGUAUAUAACUAAGGAAAAUGCUCUUAUAUUGGCAGUAACUCCUGCUAAUAUUGAUCUUGCAACUAGUGAUGCUCUUGAGCUUGCAAAAGAAGUUGACCCUUUUGGUUUAAGAACAAUUGGAGUCAUCACAAAGCUAGACAUGAUGGGUGAAGAUAACGAUGUCAGAGCUGUUUUAGAAAACAAAUUGUAUCCAUUGCGUAGCGGAUACAUCGGUGUCAUUAAUCGUAAUCAGAAUGACAUUGAGAAUAGAAAAAGUAUUGCUGAUGCAAUUGAGUCGGAGAAAAAAUUUUUCAACACUCAUCGAGCAUACACAUUUUUGGCUGAUAGACUCGGGAUUCAUUGUCUACAACGGAUACUCAAUAAACAAUUGACAAAUCACAUACGGGACACACUACCGGCAUUAAAAAAUGAGUUGGAAGCUGAAUUGUCAAGAACUAAAGAAUAUUUAGGAGAAAAGGAUUACCACCUUAACGAAACAGCAUCAAAAAUAGAAUCUUUAUCUGGUUUAACAACUGACUGA